AUGAAGUUCUGCACCUCCCAGACUACUUUCAUCAUCGGCUCUCUCAUUGCUAUUAUCGGACUGCAGGGAUGUGCCUCUAAGGAGAAGAAAGCCGCUCAAGCCGCAGCUGACGCGGCAUCUGCAGCAUCUGGUCUCGCCUCUGAAGUCGCUGACUAUGAUAACUUCUCUGUCGAUAAUCUCUUCCGUGGAAGCGGAGGCCGCUACCAGAUUUGCAGUGUCAACGGCACUACUACUGACGGCUCCAACGAUAUGGAGGGAACAUUCAAGCUCCGAGUUGAAAGAAUCCUCGGCAGUGGCGAGAGCCAGUGGAAGGCGAUUCUCCGCGGUUUCUGUGGGGCUUCCGGCAACUUGGAGAAGAAGUUGGGCACUGACCACACGAGCAAGUUGCAAGGCGAGAUGAACUGCCAGGGCGUCUGGGGCGUGUUCCACAUCACUCGCCAGUCGGGCUUGGAUGCGGUCAUAUCCGUAUGCGACGACGUUCUCAAUGCUCAAGAGCAGAAAGGUUCUGAUGCCCCUAGCAGCUCCACUGAAGUGCAAGAAGCCACCACUGCCGCCCCUACUGGUGAGAAAGAGGAGGAGGCGACUGAAGAGAAACCCGCGAGUACAGAGAAGCAUAUGUUGAUGAGACAGCAUCGCCGAGCUGCUCUUCACUUCAGUUAA